AUGGCCUUGGAGUCUGCAAAUCUGACAGUGACCAAGAUAUGGUCUGGGAGGAGGUCGAGGGUCUUAUGGGGUGGAGGAACCUACAUUGGUAGUAGUAGGUGGACGCUGGGCAGAAGGGUAUGGUGUACGCUAGUUAGUGUUGGUAUUGUGUUGAGGAUUGAAGGGGUGCCAAUGUUUGUUGGAUUUCCAUAUGCCUCACUGUCGAGUACGCCCCCCACUCCUACAUCCAGCCCCAUUACCACCUGGAUACCUCCACAUAUUCGGGUUGUGUCACCUAAUCCCCAACCGCCACUUCCACCGCCAUUUGAAGUUGUCGUCCCUCAGCAACUACCAUGUGACGCUUCCACAUCAUCUGUCGUGCUAAUUCCAUCCCCCAAUCCACCACCAGACCCCCAAACAGACGCUACCAACCUGCCAUCAUCAUCCACUCCUACCUAA